AUGGCAUCGCCUUCAACUUCAUCGGUUGAAAAGCGUUACACAUAUGACGUUUUUAUAAGUUUCAGGGGUAAAGACUUACGUACAGGUUUUGUUGAUCACCUUUUCGAAGCUUUUCGGAAAAAAGGCAUUAUUGUGUUCAAAGAUGAUAAAGACAUCGAGGUCGGAGAAAAGAUCAGUGACGAGCUCCCCAAAGCCAUCAAAGAGUCCAAGUUUUACAUGGUUAUUUUCUCCAAGAAAUUUGCAGAUUCUUAUUGGUGCUUAAACGAGCUUGUGGAGAUCCUAAAAAUAUGCCAGAACCCGGAGGAGGAGGAAAAACGAGCUUUUUACCCAGUCUUCUAUGAUGUGAAACCUAGCGAAGUCCGUGAACAAAAGGGGCCGGUUGGAGAGGCAUUUUCGGUACACUCAGAGAAUGAGGCUGCUGGGAGAUGGAGGGAAGCUAUGGAAAAAGCAGCGAAUCUGGAAGGAUGGGAGUUGACCAAAACUGCUGACGGGCAUGAAGUUCAAUUCAUCGAGAAAAUUAUUCACAACAUUUCACAAAAGCCAUAUUUCGCCAAUUUCAGUGUUAAUAAAAACUUAGUGGGCAUGACGACUCGGGUGGAGAAAUUACUUUUAAGUUUACAGGUUGGCUUUGAUGACAUUCGGAUGUUAGGAAUCACCGGUCUGGGUGGUGUGGGGAAGACAACUUUGGCAAGUGUAGUUUUUAAUCGGAUAGCCAAUCAGUUUGAUGGUAAAAGCUUUGUUGAGAAUGUUCGAGAACGCUCAAAAGAUCCUAAGGGUUUGCAUGAUAUGCAACAACAGGUCCUUACUUCUGUGUUCGGCGAUCGAAGCAUUGCUGUGCCAAGUGAUUUUGAGGGGCGUAAUAUGAUGAAAAGGAGGAUGCCUAAUAUCAAAGUUCUUGUAGUUCUAGAUGAUGUGAAUGAUGUAAAGCAACUUGAGGCAUUAGCAGAACCAAGUUGGUUUAGGCCAGGAAGUAGAAUCAUCAUUACAUCAAGAGAUAGGCAAGUAUUGGUUGCCCAUGGAGUUCAGAGUCACAAUAUUCAUGAUGUUAGUACGUUAUCGGAUGCGGAUGCAAUUCAUCUCCUUAGUAGGUAUGCUUUUAAAACAGAGAGUCCAGCUCACGGUUAUGAAGAGCUAUCUAAAAAGGUUGUAAGCUAUGCUGCUGGUCUUCCCUUAACCAUCAAAACUUUAAGUUCGUAUCUUUGUGAUUGUCCAACGAAUGUAUGGGAAGAUGCCAUCAAAAGACUAGAAACGAUUCCAUGGGGUGAUACCUUGAAUAAAUUGAAAAUAAGCUUUGAUUUUCUAGAGGAGGAUCAGAAAGAGAUAUUCCUAUAUGUUACUUGCCUAUUGAAAGGGCAGGUGAAGAAGAGAGCUAUCAGAAUACUAGAAAGUUUAGGAUUUCGUGCUGAAUUUGGUUUAGGGAUUCUCGAGCAGCAAUCCUUAAUUACUCUUUGUGAUGGUUAUGAUCGUUAUGAUUAUGGUAGUAAGGUGUUGGACAUGCAUGAUCAUAUAGAAGAAAUGGGAAUGCAUAUUGUUCGUAGUAUGCAUCCUGAUAAGCCUCAGCAACGUAAGCUACUAUGGAUUAGAGAUGAAAUUGAAGAUAUAGUGAAAAAUGACAUGGGUACCGAAGUAAUAAGAGGUAUAAAAUUGUCUUAUUCGAGACUCCCUCCAGCUAAAGUUUUGCAUAGUCUUAGAAAGAUGAGUGGACUAUGUUUCCUUCGCGUAGAGUGGUCAAGUUAUGAAACAUCUCGAUCUAAUUAUAGCAGGCGGGUAUAUGAAUAUUUUACUUCCAAAUACCACCUUCCAAACAGUUUACAAUUUCUACAUUGGGAAGGAUACCCUUAUAGGUAUUUACCUAAAACAUUUCUAGGAGAUAAGCUUGUUGGGAUGGAAAUGCCCAAUAGCUCUAUCCGUCAACUCUGGAAAGGGGGAGAAAAAAAGGUUCUUCCCAAACUCAGGCUCCUUGACCUUCGUUUUUCUAAAUUAGAAACCUUAGAUUCUGGUGGGAUGCUUCCAAAUCUUGAAGAAUUGGUUCUUCGUGAAUGUAAAAAGUUGGUAGAAGUCAACAUUUCUGAUGAAUGUUCGCAUCUCAAGAAGCUAGACCUAUACGGAUGUAAAGCCUUAGAAAAACUCACCAUUUCCAAAGAAUGUCUUUCACGUCUGAAGUCCCUCAACCUUUACGAUACUAAGUUACAUAGCUUGAACCUUGGGCUGACCCCUAAUCUGGAGGUGUUAUCAGUUGAAUUUUGUGAAGACUUGGAGGAACUCGUCAUGCCUGUUGAAUGUCCAAUGCUCACUAAACUCUCCCUCUUUCGUAUCAAUAAGUUACGUAGCUUCAACCUUGGGCUGACCCCUAAUCUGGAGGCGUUAUCAGUUAUGAAUUGUGAAGACUUGGAGGAACUCGUCAUGCCUGUUGAAUAUCCAAUGCUCAGAGAGCUCUCCCUCAUUGGUAUUUAUAAGUUACGUAGCUUCAACCUUGGGCUGACCCCUAAUCUGGAAGUGUUAUCACUGAGUAGCUGUCAAAAAAUCUUUGUGCCUGUAGAACUUCCAAGGCUUAGAGACCUCUCCGUCGUUUCCAAUCAUAAUCAGGUUGAACAUUAUUAUGGGCAGUUUUCAUAUCUACUGGAGAAGUUUAAGAAUACCCUGGAGAAGUUGUGUUUGUCGUUUCCAAACAUGAAUCGUCUUCCUGUACAUGAUAGCAUUUAUAUGUUGAAGCAUCAUCUCAGAGUACUUGACCUUGGAUUUUGUAGGGGCCUAGAGAAGUUACCCGAGGAUCUGGAUAGAUUGGAGUGUUUAGAGGAGUUACUCCUAAUGGGUUGUAAAUCUUUACGGAGUAUUCCUGAAUGCAUCUGUAACAUGACUCGUUUGAAAAGAUUGGAUCUCUCCUGGUGCUUUAAGCUUGAGAAACUGCCUGAUGAGUUUAGACGUUUACAAAGUUUGGAACUGUUAAAAGUCAUGGGGAUAGAUGAUAGGUUAAAGAAUCUUCCAGAGAGCAUUUCACAAUUGAAACAUCUUAAGGUCAAGAGAUAG